AUGCCGAGGGCUCCGAGCUGGCGCGCGGUGCUCCGCGCCCUGGCCCUGGCCGGCCUCUGGCUGGCGGCGGCCGCGCCUCCCCUGGCCUUCUCGGACUCCGGGCCGCACGUGCACUAUGGCUGGGGGGAACCUGUCCGUCUGAGGCACCUGUACACUGCCAGCCCACACGGCCUCUUCAGCUGUUUCCUGCGCAUCCGCGCCGACGGCGCAGUGGACGGCGCGCGGGGCCAGAGCGCGCACAGUUUGCUGGAGAUCAAGGCGGUGGCGCUGCGGACCGUGGCCAUCAAGGGCGUGCAGAGCGCCCGAUACCUCUGCAUGGACGCCGACGGCCGGCUGCAGGGACUGCCCCAGUACUCGGCAGAAGACUGUGCCUUUGAGGAGGAAAUCCGGCCCGACGGCUACAACGUGUACCUGUCCAAGAAGCAUGGUCUCCCGGUGUCCCUGAGCAGUGCCAAGCAGAGGCAGCUAUACAAAGGCAGGGGCUUUCUGCCCUUGUCCCACUUCCUGCCCAUGCUGCCCAUGAAGCCAGCAGAGCCGGGGGACCUGGACGACGACUUGGAAUUUGUGUUCUCUUCACCUCUGGAAACCGACAGCAUGGAUCCUUUUGGGAUUGCCUCCGGGCCGGAGCUGGUCCAGAGUCCCAGCUUUCAGGAAUAA